ACAAAGCCAGCUGUUCCGAGUGGGUUAAGCGACAGUGGGCCGUGUGGACCGGGAGUGUGAGCAUUGCCGCUGCAAGUUCCAAAAGAUUGCUCCACGACGAAGGUCAGUUCACGCGGAAGCUCGAACUUCGUCGGAUGGCGAGCACGGACCAUUGGAUUGGCUAGUGGGCGCAGAAGGACACGGGCCAUAGGGAGCGGAGCAGAGGUCGUCACCCGGAUACAGACAAAACUUUUCCGAGUGCCCCAGUCCUCGUUGCAGAAUUCCCCCCCACCAGCAUCAAUCAGCAUCCAACGCAACCAAAUGCCUCCAAAGCGUGCGCAAUAAUAUUUGUUGUGAAAAUAUCCAUGCCACCGUGCAAAUGCUUUUUGAGCCACUGGGUCUUGGCAUUUGGUGGAUGUGGCUGCGGGUUUUGGAUGUGGUUUUCGAAUCGACGCACGCAAGCAGAGCCAGCGUAACUCAUAAAGUUGCAUAAUUACCGCACAUGAAUGGGUGGGGCGUCGAAUUUGGGCGUUGCAGUUGCAGUUGCAUUAGCCACAUAUUGCCAUCGUUGUCACCGCUUUUGAUUUUGAUGCACUGCCGCAUUUUCGCUGGCCACUUUGUUUGCGGCCAACGCCAUGGAAACGUGCCGCACCUGUGCGAUUUCCAUGUUCGUGUGCGAUUUCGAAAGUGGCGUAAGCAACAGCCACUUCCUGGACCUCCAUCAUCCCAACUGCUGGCCAAGCGAAAUGGCCCAGAUUCGCCUCCAGUUCGCCAACUGGAAUCUAAAGAUCUCUCCCAACGACGGACUGCCCCAGAAGAUCUGCAGCGACUGCUUCACCAAGUUCUGCUCGAUCGACGCAUUCCGAGUGGCCUGCCAGGAGGCACAGCUGAAGCUGUCCAACAUCUACGACAAGAUCGAUGCCAGCAGCCUGGAAGAAGAGCACCCGGAGUAUCUGGAGCGGGCGGAAGAGCAUCAGGAAUCGGAAACAUCCAAAGCAACAACGACGGUUUCAGCCGAAACACAACCAAACACUGCCAGUGAUACCAUAGAGAUUUUUGUGGAUGCCGUAGACAUCGACGAAGCGGAAGAGGAGGAGGAGCAGCAGCAGUAUGAUGAGGAGGUGGACGAACCAAUCACAGAUCAGUCUGCUCCCCCGGAACUGACCAUUAGCUAUGCCUGCAAAUUCUGUUUGCGUCCGCAGGAGAGCUACCAGCUGCAGCAACUCUUGCUGGAGCACAUCAACGCCAGCCACGAUCCGGAGCAACCGUACAAUUGUCCGGAGUGCGAGGCCCGUUUCCAGGAUGCCGCCUCGCGCACGGUGCACCUGAAGAGCUGCCACGUGGAGAAGCAACAUGCCUGCGGGGUGUGCGGCAAGAAGUACGGCGACAGGCACAACCUGCGCCACCACGUGGAGAAGUACCACUCGGAGACGGACUUUGAGUGCGCGCUGUGCGAAAAGCGCUUCUACACACGCAAGAGCCUCAACUACCACAUGAAGUGGCACAAUCCGGAGCGCCAGUUCAAGUGUCGCCACAGCGGCUGCGAGCGACUCUUCAUCAGCCAGCGGCAUCUCAUGUGCCACGAGGCCACCCACUCGGGCACCAGCUCCAGGAAGAGCGAGCACUGCGGCUUCUGCGGCAAGACAUUCAUACACCUGAAGACUCUUCGCUGGCACAUUUACAGGCAGCACGGCGGGGAGAAGCCCUACAAGUGUGCCAAUUGCACGGAGGUCUUUGCAUCCUAUGCGGAGAAAAGGAUUCACAUGCUGGAGCGGCACAGGGAGAACCUAACGGCCAUCGAGCGGAGUGAGUGCAUGCUCUGCCGCCAGCCCUUCUCCAGCGAACCCGACUUGAUCCAUCACAUGUCCGUGGAGCAUUUGCAGCGACCUGGAGCUCCGGUCAUCGCGAACAACAAGCGGGUGCUGCAGCAGAAGCGGGAACGCCAGUACUCCGGACUCUUUCAGUGCGGCAGCUGCAGCCAGCGGUUCAACAUGAAGUCCGCUCUGGAGCGGCACGCCGCCGUGCAUUCUGAGAAGGAUCGACCGCACGCCUGUCCACACUGCUCCAAGCGGUUCAAGCGCGCCCAGGACAUGAAGUGGCACAUUAAGACCCACGAGAAGGAGAAGCCCAAUGUGUGCGAUGUUUGUGGCAAGGCCUUCGCCCUCAAGUAUGUGCUCACCCAGCACCGGCUGAGUCAUGAGGUCUUGGAGAAGAACUUCAAGUGCAACGUAUGCGGUCGAGCCUAUCUGUUUGAGAAGUCUUUGCGGCUGCAUCAGCGAACUCACACGGGCAAAACCUACUACAAAUGCGAUAUCUGUCAGGAAAGAUUUGUCACGCACAUUAAGCUUAAGACUCACAUGCAAAAGACACACGCGUCUCAGCCGCACUCGGCGGACCACCCUCUGGAUGAUCUGAUCAACAUUGUGAUUUCCUAACCAAGUGGAACAGAAAAGAUUUCUGUCAUAGCCAAGCACAGCGCAGAAACUGCAAUGCAUUGCGAGCGUAGCUCUCGGAACUCAAGCCUACAUAGACCAUAUACAUGUACCCUCCAGCCACUCACUAGACCAUAUGCACGCAGCGAUCCUAGGAUCGUAGAAGUGCUUAGAGCUUUAUUUAGAAGAUACUCCGUAGGCCAUAACCCAUACAUACAUAUGUAUAUCUCUGUCCAUUUCUUCGAUCAGUCCCUAAGGCGCUUCAGCCGCAUAUCUCUUUCUAUCUCUGAUCCAUAUUAAUCUCACAGAACGCCUUUAAACUCUCCAAGCACAUAUAUCCAUUUGACCACUUAGCGAUAAGAAGUAAGCAAUGAAAACAAACAAGAUGUUAUACGAGCAAUCUAGGCUUCGCGGCAAAACUUUUAGUGCUCAAGAAAUGCAUUUAUUUCCAGAUGAAACCGAGAAGUAUUUACAAUAAUUACUGAAAUGUAUGAGAAUAUUUAAAAUAUCAAUAUACUAUGGAUUUUAUUAUAUGUAGUUGCAGAUAUAUUUACCAAAUUCAUGUUCCGAAUAAACAUUCAUUUGACCAAA